UCCUCCUCCACCUCCUCCCGCCGCCGCUCCGCCCGCGCUGCCGGCCGGCCGGCGCUCCCCGCAGCCGUCCCCUUUGCGCCCCGCGUCCCCUCCGCCAUGCGGUGCCACUACGAGGUGCUGGGCGUCCGGCGCGACGCCGCCGAGGAGGAGCUGAAGCGGGCGUACCGGCGGCUGGCGCUGCGAUGGCACCCGGAUAAAAACCUAGAGAACGCCGAGGAAGCCGCAGAACAGUUCAAGUUAAUCCAGGCGGCGUAUGAUGUUCUCAGUGACCCGCAGGAGAGAGCCUGGUACGAUAAUCACAGGGAGGCCCUACUGAAAGGAGGGGUUGAUGGAGACUAUCAAGAUGAUAGUUUGGAUCUGCUGCGCUACUUCACUGUCAGCUGUUACUCUGGAUACGGAGAUGAUGAAAAGGGAUUCUUUACAGUCUAUCGACAAGUUUUUGAACAGAUUGCAAAAGAAGAGAUGGAGUAUAUGACUCAGGAAGAUAUUGAAGAAUUCCCGACAUUUGGAUAUUCCCAAAGUGACUAUGAUACGGUAGUCCACCCUUUCUAUGCAUAUUGGCAGAGUUUCUGUACUCAUAAAAACUUUGCAUGGAAAGAAGAAUAUGACAUACGACAAGCAUCAAAUCGCUGGGAGAAACGAGCUAUGGAAAAAGAGAACAAGAAAACUAGAGAUAAAGCAAGGAAAGAGAGGAAUGAACUGGUCCGUCAGCUGGUAGCCUUUAUUCGUAAAAGGGAUAAAAGAGUACAGGCUCAUAGAAAACUUGUAGAAGAACAGAAUGCAGAAAAACUUAGGAAAGCAGAGGAAUUUCGGAGGCAGCAGAAACUCAAACAAGCCAAGCUUGCUGAGCAGUAUAAAGAGCAGAGCUGGAUAACUAUGUCAGAUCUGGAGAGGGAAUUGCAAGAGAUGGAGGCACAAUACCAAAAGGAAUUUGGAGAUGGAUCAGAUGAUGAAGAUGAACUAGAAGAACAAGAGACAAAAGAAGGCAUUGAAGACAAACUGAGUGACGAGGCUGAAGAAGGUGAAUUUGCUGAUGAUCUCUACUGCCCUGCUUGUGACAAAUUGUUCAAAACUGAGAAGGCCAUGAAGAACCAUGAAAAAUCAAAGAAACAUCGAGAGAUGGUAGCACUGUUACGACAGCAACUGGAAGAAGAAGAAGGGAAAUUUCCUGCAUCUUUGGAUGAUGCAAAUGGAAUAGAUACUAAAGAGGAUGAAGAAACAGAAGAGAUGCCCAAACAAAAGCUCUCCAAGAAGCAGAAGAAGAAACAGAAAACAAUGAUGACUUACGAGGACUCUUUUGAUAAAAGUGCUGAUGAGGAAACAGCUGAGCAAAAGGAGGUGCCACGUGUGGACAAGGACAGUGGUUCAGCAGAGGAGUUGGUAAAUGAUGGCCAAAGAUGUGCUGUGUCAGAGGAAACAAGUGCUACAGAAGAUAGCCAAGUAAAUGAAGCACAAAGUGAAGUGAAAAGCAGUGCUAAGCCUAAAGGUAAAAAAGCCAAGGAUGCAAAAAAGUCUGCCAAGGCAUCUUCAGAGCACCCAACAAUGAAUGAAGUUCCCAUUCACUGUGUAACCUGCAACUGUGCAUUUCCAUCCCGAAAUAAACUGUUCGAACAUCUGAAAUUGACAGGACAUGCAAAAGCAACACAAGCACCAGCUGUAAAUGGAGCUGUACACACCAGAAGCAAAAAAGAGAAACGUAAAAACAGAUAGAACUUAGAUACAGUGACAGUCUCCGGGAUCAUACAGGAAAAAUCUCCCAAAAUGGAGAGGUAUGCAUUGGCUAUAUUUUGAGGUAAACAGAGCACACAACUCCAACUUUUGGAGGAGGAAGGAAAAAAAUGUAACAAAAGGAACGUUACCUUGUGAAGCAACCUGUGCUUUUGUUUGUUUUUACCAGCCUUUACUGACUGAAUUUGGCGUACCCUUCCAGCAGCUUUCAUGUUGAAGGGGAAAAAAUAGCGAUUCAAAGCUAGUUGCCUUGCAUUCUUGUUGAAACUUGCAUGGAUGCAACCUAUGCAGAGGAAAUAAAUUAUUUUAACACGUUGCUAUUUUUUUUUUGAGAGAAAACUGAUUUAAGAAUGGACUCUGCUGCUUCAUCUGUUAAAGAUGAAAUAUGAACGAGGGCAAGGGCAAAAACCAGGCUUUUCUGCCAUCCUCAAUGGCCCUUUCAAACUAAUCAGCAGACAAAAGGGAGAAGAGUAAGAUGACAAAGCUGGUUAAUCACAGUUUUAGCAGUCCAUAUUAGAUCUGUAUGUGCAGCUGCAUGCCAGGUGUGUGUGAGAGGGAUAAUCUUGUGGAAGAACCUUGCUGAAUAAUUGGGAAGGAGGGGGAUGAAAACUGAGAAGUUGGUGUUAAUGUAUGUGAGGUGAGCUGCAUGUGGGAAGUCUGUCCCUCAGCACGUAUAACUUACAUACUGCCAUUUGACUGGGGAAUGGUGUAAGUUAGACAGCUGUCUACAUUUGUUCUUUUGAUUUCUAAUGAAAAACAAAAUGGGAACUGGUAUUAUGCCUCUUUUUAAAUGCAUAAUCUGCUUCAUCUUGAAUAGCACUUAAAAAAAAAAAGUGAGACAAACACCUGAUUUUGGAGUGUAAGUGUAUGAAAGAACUUUACAAAACAAAUUGUGAAUGCAGUUCGAGAAUGCAAUGCUCAGGGAGGGCUGGGGCUCUAGUCUGAUAGUAAACCCCUAGAGUUGAAAAAAGCAAUGGUCUUGCCUUAUUCAAGUUGCUCUAACAUUUCAACUCAUCAGACAAAAUGGCAGAGCACAGUACCAUUGUUGGGGUAAGAAAUUAUUCAAACAUUAAAAUUUGAACUAAAGUAAAAUGACUAAUGACUAAUGUACAGUUCUUGCUAACAGCCAGCAAUGACUUUUUUUUUGAGAGUGAGGGAGGUAAUGAACUUUUUUUUUCCCCAAAAGUGGUUAUGUAAGAAACACUGCACCUUAUUUCCCCAGCCAGAUUUUGCAUCUUGCUAAAUGACUAAUUGGUGUGCUGUGCAAUCCUAAAAGCAGCAGGAGGAAAAUAAAAGCAUUUUUGGAGAGGAUGAUGACUGGAUUAGAGCCCCAUAUAAAAAAUACUUAGUGUAAUUAGAACCUUUACAAUUAGGUGCACAGAUUUUUUUUUGUGCUUUUACAGUGCACAAAUUACAGUGCUUCCUUGUAGUAAGGGUAACCAGUUUUAGCACUGUUUGAAACCUGCACUUAUGUUCUACUCAGAGUGGUUCCUAGCCCAAAUAAAUGUGUGAAAUCUCCCAUUGUGGGACUGAGGGUGAGACUUAAACUCUGCAAUGUUACCUUUGAGUUAAUUAUUUUUCUUAUUUAAAUAAAAUCAAAUACUUCA